GUUUUAAUGGCAAAUCAUGGAACAGGAUUGGAGUAAGCUAAUCACAACUAAUGGCCAGGAAGUUUCCAGCAUUGAAUCUGGAAGGAGCCAUGACAGCAGGUGGAGGAACUGAUGAUGAUAUUCCAUUAGGAGAGAGGAAAACAGUUACUGAUUUUUGCUACUUAUUAGAUAAAUCCAAACAGCUCUUCAAUGGUUUAAGGGACUUACCUCAGUAUGGUCAGAAACAAUGGCAGUCAUAUUUUGGGCGUACUUUUGAUGUUUACACUAAGCUCUGGAAAUUCCAACAACAGCACAGGCAAAUUCUGGACAAUAGGUAUGGCCUGAAGAGGUGGCAGAUUGGAGAAAUUGCUUCAAAGAUAGGACAACUCUACUACCAUUAUUACUUGCGUACUUCUGAGACCAGUUAUCUGAAUGAAGCAUUUUCCUUCUACUCUGCAAUAAGACAAAGGGCUUACUACUCCCAGGUCACUAAGGAAGAUAGGCCUGAACUUGUAGUUAAAAAGCUACGGUAUUAUGCACGAUACAUAGUUGUUUGUCUGCUGCUCAACAAAAUGGACCUUGUUGGAGAUCUAGUUAAGGAACUGUCUGAUGAAAUUGAAGAUUAUACACAUCGGUUCAACACUGAAGAUCAGUUAGAAUGGAACCUCGUGCUACAGGAGGUGGCAGCAUUUGUUGAGGCAGAUCCUGUGAUUGUGUUAAAUGAUGACAACAGCAUUAUGGUAACCUCAAAUCGCUUGGCAGAGGGAGUAGUCCCACCACUGGAACAAGGCAUGGUAGCAGGCCAGCUGGCGCUAGCAGAUGCACUAAUCGUUGGAAACUGCAGUAGUCAGGUUAAAUUCAGUGAGUUAACUAUUGACAUGUUCAGAAUGUUGCAGGCUCUAGAACGGGAGCCCAUUAAUCUGGCUUCGCAAUUAAACAAGACUGGAAAUCAGCAUCGGAACCUCAUCCUCAGGAGACCUAACAUGUGCUCCACCAACACUCUGGUCGAAGAAUGGGCAGCAAUGUAUGUUCAGCUGAAUGCAGAAGGUAGCCAUGGUCUCGCAGUAACCAUCUCUGUAAGGCAAAUGGUCCUUGAUAUGAACCAGAAGCAUGAGAGUUCUCACGGAUAUAGGAAUCACGGUAUUGCCGUGGUACUUGGUUCAGACUUCCAAGAUGCAGUGCCAGUGAUCACAGCUGGCUUGCAUGGCUUGGUGGGAAGAAGCCCUUUUCUAUUGGUGAACUUGGCUGCAUUAUAUGGUGCUCUCAAUGCAAAGGCCGUACAGUCCACUACACCCUGA